CGUCGGGACCGAACCCCAGUUCCUUACGCGCGGGGCGCCGACGCUGCGCCAGGUGGGCCCGCCGCUGCCUCCCGCGCCAGGCUGUCCCCGCGGCCGCCCGGCCUUCCUUCCGCCUGCUGGCCGGCCCGCCCUUGGAGUUAACCAAGCCGCAAUGAAGAGCUUCUUACACUGAAAGGAAAGUAGGUCGCGCCCACUGAAAAUGCCUUUAAGGGACAAAUACUGUCAGACUGACCACCAUCAUCACGGAUGCUGUGAACCAGUUUAUGUCCUGGAACCUGGAGAUGCUCCUUUGUUACAGCAACCACUACAGACAUCAAAAUCUGGUAUUCAACAAAUAAUUGAGUGCUUUCGAUCAGGAACUAAACAACUUAAGCAUAUUUUAUUAAAAGACGUGGACACUAUUUUUGAAUGUAAAUUAUGCCGCAGUCUCUUCAGAGGAUUACCAAAUUUAAUAACCCAUAAAAAAUUCUACUGCCCACCAAGUCUCCAGAUGGAUGACAACCUUCCUGAUGUAAAUGAUAAACAAAGCCAAGCCAUAAAUGAUCUCCUAGAAGCCAUAUAUCCAAGUGUGGACAAGCGAGAAUACAUUAUUAAGCUAGAACCCAUAGAAACUAAUCAAAAUGCAGUGUUUCAAUAUAUUUCAAGGACUGAUAAUCCUGCUGAAGUCACAGAGUCAAGCAGUACUCCUGAACAAACCGAAGUCCAAAUACAAGAAACUAGCACUGAACACUCUAAAACAGUACCAGUUACAGAUACAGAGGUGGAAACUGUCGAGCCCCCUCCUGUUGAGAUUGUUGCAGAUGAAGUUGCACCUACAUCUGAUGAACAACAACCUCAGGAAUCGCAGGCUGAUUUGGAAACUUCUGAUAAUUCUGAUCUUGGUCACCAGUUGAUAUGUUGUCUGUGUAGAAAAGAAUUCAAUUCCAGGCGAGGUGUUCGUCGUCACAUUCGAAAAGUACACAAGAAAAAAAUGGAAGAACUAAAAAAGUACAUUGAAACACGAAAGAAUCCAAACCAAUCCUCUAAAGGACGCAGUAAGAAUGUUCUAGUUCCAUUAAGUAGGAGUUGUCCAGUGUGUUGUAAAUCAUUUGCUACAAAAGCGAAUGUAAGGAGGCAUUUUGAUGAAGUUCAUAGAGGACUAAGGAGGGAUUCAAUUACUCCUGAUAUAGCAACAAAGCCUGGGCAACCUUUGUUCCUGGAUUCUGUUUCUCCUAAAAAAUCUUUUAAGACUCGAAAACAAAAGUUGUCUUCAAAGGCUGAAUACAAUUUAACUGCAUGCAAAUGCCUCCUUUGCAAGAGGAAAUAUAGUUCACAAAUAAUGCUUAAAAGACAUAUGCAAAUUGUCCACAAGAUAACUCUUUCUGGAACAAACUCUAAAAGAGAGAAAGGCCCUAAUAAUACUGCCAACAGUUCAGAAAUAAAAGUUAAAGUUGAACCAGCAGAUUCUGUAGAAUCUUCACCCCCUUCCAUUACCCAUUCUCCACAGAAUGAAUUAAAGGGAACAAAUCAUUCAAAUGAAAAAAAGAACACACCGGCAGCACAGAAAAAUAAAGUUAAACAAGACUCUGAAAGCCCUAAAUCAACUAGUCCGUCUGCUGCAGGUGGCCAGCAAAAAACCAGGAAACCAAAACUUUCAGCUGGCUUUGACUUUAAGCAACUCUACUGUAAACUUUGUAAACGUCAGUUUACUUCCAAACAGAACUUGACUAAACACAUUGAGUUGCACACAGAUGGGAAUAACAUUUAUGUUAAAUUCUACAAGUGUCCACUUUGCACUUAUGAAACUCGUCGGAAGCGUGAUGUGAUACGACAUAUAACUGUGGUUCAUAAAAAGUCAUCCCGCUAUCUUGGGAAAAUAACAGCCAGUUUAGAGAUCAGAGCUAUAAAAAAGCCCAUUGAUUUUGUUCUAAAUAAAGUGGCAAAAAGAGGCCCUUCGAGGGAUGAAGCAAAAAAUAGUGAUUCAAAACAUGAUGGCACUUCUAACUCUCCCAGUAAAAAAUAUGAAGUAGCUGAUGUUGGUAUUGAAGUAAAAGUCACAAAAAACUUUUCUCUUCAUAAAUGCAAUAAAUGUGGAAAGGCAUUUGCCAAAAAGACUUAUCUUGAACAUCAUAAGAAAACUCAUAAGGCAAAUGCUUCCAAUUCACCUGAAGGAAACAAAACCAAAGGCCGAAGUACAAGAUCUAAGGCUCUUGUCUGCCUGGGGAAGCCGUCGCCCCGCAGCGCCGCCGCCCUGCGCCCGGCCGCCCCCGGGAGCCGCUGCCCGCCCGCGGGCGCCGUCACUACGCGCCAGGCCGCCGCCAGCUGCCGCGCCAAGCUCCGCGGCGGCGCCGCCCGGGAGCGCCAGCACGCCGCCCGCGGCCUCGGGAAGCCCGCUCCCCCGUGAGCGCCGCCGCCCGGCCGCCCGCGAGACCGCGCCAGCCCUCCGCGCUGCCCGCGGCCCUCAGGCGGCUCGCCGCCCCAGCCCUCCCAGAGCUCGCGGACGUCACUCCGUCGGCGGCGAACGCCCUGGUGUCCUCCGCUAUUCGCGGCCCUCCCUCCACCCCGUCGCUUUAACUGAACCCAGGUUACCCCAGAACUCUCUCCCGCGCAGCCCCUGAGGGGGACCGUGUGCCUUAGGGCCGGCGGGUGGGCAGGACGGCCUUGCUAGUCGUUCGCAGAGCGUUACUUCCUUAUCUCGCCUGCCGAAAUCCCGGCCUCUGAGAAUCUUGCAGUUGGACAAUACCAACCUCUUUCCCUCCUUGUAAUUGAUCAACUUCCUAGUCAAUUUCUUUCAUUAUUAAUUCUUCAAAGACUAGCUCCCACUUUAGUCUUCACCUGAAAACCUUCAAGCUAGUUACCCACCUUCCCCACCCGACCCCCAUCUGCCAGAACAUUGUUUUAAUGACUGGGGAUGAUCGACAAAAUACGGAGCUGCGUCCUGCGUAAGUGUGGUUGAACCCGAGCCCCAUCCAACAUCAGCCCCUUCCUUGUGACUUCACCUCCAAUACCAUUUCUUCCCGUCGGAAUCAGUCCUGGCUCCCAUGGUUCGAGACUGCCAUCCCAGGGGAUCCACUCUUGGGUUUGCACUGAGGCCGUGCUUCUCCCAGGCAACUCCCAGUCGGUGACUGAGUGCAGUGCGGGUGUUAGUGAUGGUGUGUUCAUGUGAGAUGCUGGACUCCUCUAAUGAGCAACUUCGGCGUGGGGACUCCUUAGCAGCCCGGCUGAAACUUUCUAAGAACCGUGCUGCAUGCAAUCUAAAACUCUUCUUGCCCAAUCCCACUCUCCUUUCAUAGGUGUCAGACUUGCAUUGUGGAAUGAAGGCAUCCCCCUCUCUGCUCCUCAUUCCUUCCCUUUAUUGAUGUUCCUCAAUAAAACCCUUGGAAGUUGAGCCCUGCGUUGGUGUCUGUUUCAAGGAGGACCUGAGCUAAUAUAUCAGACAUUCCACUCUGAUCACCAUCUCCCUGUCUUUCUGGAUCCCUUGUUCAUGGACAGCUAAUUCAUUAGCCUCAUUUCCUCCACUGUUUAUCAGCCCAUCUUGGAUUCACUUCCUUCUUUAUCUAGCCUGGAUCCCAUGGUCCAUCAUUAUAACCAUUCUCCUUGAAAUACAGUGCUCUCAGCAGUCUUGCACCUCAUUUUCUUCCUAUUUAUUUUCCUGGUAAAAACCCAACUCCUGACAAACCUUACCAUCUGCCUUUCAUGGGCCUGACUGGGACAACUGAACUUUUCUUUAAGAAAUCACACAGUGCUGCCAACUAGUUUUACUUUCAAUCCAUUAUCUCAAACCUCAAAUUGGUGCUAUUCCUACUGUAGUCUCAGCUUUACACUUUUAAAAUGACUGUUUAUAUAUCUUCAUCUAUCCUCAAAAUUUUCUGGUCUCCUCUUCCUGGUUUACUUCAAAUUUCCCAUGGAUAAGAAGAUAUUACAUACAAAUUUCCUCAUCUUCCCAUCACAAGACCCCCAUUUCUCACCCCAAGCCCAGCAGCUAUCUUGGUAACUAUCUUCUUCCUUUUUGUGACUAUGGAGGAAUUUUCGAAGGCCAGCCCUUCCUUUCAUGCUCCAGGUUGCAUCCCCUCUUCAAGGACUUACUUCUUUAGGUUCCCCCUUUCAGAAACUGCAUCAUCAGUUUCUGAAUGGAUCACUUCUUUGGUCUGCAAACAUGCUCUUAACCAAAUCUUAACCAAUCCUUCCCCUGUGUACAUCUUUUCCAUCUAUUAGCCACAUCUCACCUUUCCUUCAUAACCUAACUUCUUUAUGGAGUUAUCCUAAUGUAUUGUCUUCAUUUUCUGAUAUUUUAUUCACUUAUCAAUCUACAGUGUGACUUCCCCACUACCACCACCACUGAAAUUGCCCUUGUUAAGGUCCCUAGGCACUUCCACAUUACCCUCUCCAAAAGGAUACUUUCCUGCCCACAUCUUGACCACUCUCUACUUUCAGUGUUCUCUCUUCAUGUCCAAGACUAUAUUCUCUCCUGGUUUUCUUCCUCUUUACCGAUCAAUCUUCAAUGUUAUAUUCCAUCUCCUUCUACCUAGCUUUGAAAAGUUGAGGUUUCUCACCUCCAUUUGGGUCCCUCUUUUCUAUGUUCUUUCCCAGGAUGGUCUUAUCAUUUCCCAUGGAUGUAAGCAUGGUCUUUAAUGUGUUUCAAAUUUGUGUUUCCACCUUGACCUUUCCUCUAAGUUCUAGACUUGUGUUUCUAAUUGCUUGCUUAAUAUCUUCCUUUGGCUGACACAGAUCUUUUUCAGAUUUAACAUGUCCAAAAUCUAAUUCUUUAUUCUCACCCCACCUGUUUACCCCCAUCUUCCCUAUUAGAGUAACCAGCACCACCAUCCAAACAGUUGCUCAAGGUGGAAACCUAGGGGUCAUUUUUGAUUCUUUUCAUAACCUCUCCCCUAUGUCAGAUAGACCAACUAUCAGUUUUAUCCUCCAAAUAUAUCUUUAAUUUGUCUGCUGUUUUCCAUUUUCAAUACCACGACUUAAUCCUGAUCACUAUAUUUUUCUCACCUCAUUAUUGUGAUAGCCAGUCCUACCUGGUCUCUCUGCUCCCUCCCAUUCUUGACCCGCAACCUACUUCAAUAUAUUCUUGAUAGAGUGGUAACAAAGAUCUUGCUCAUAAAUUGAAUCGACUAAAUUGUUCCUCAUAAAAUAAAAUCUAAAACCCUUACCAUGGUUCAGAGAGCCCUGAACAAUCAGACCUACCUAUCUCUCCAUGCCUAUCUGUGUCACACUCUUUAUUGUCCACUAUGAUGUAGCCACACUGGUUCCUCCAACAUGCCAAGAACUUUUCUGCACCUCCGGGGCUUAGUGAAUGCUGUUUUCUCUGCUUAAGCUGCUCUCCUUGGCUAUCCUUUUCCCCCACCACAACCAUAUCCUUUAGACAACUGCUUUACUACAACAUGUUGAGAAAGGCCUGCUGAGAACAUUGAUUGAAAGGAGUCCUCCUUUUCUUCUCCUACUUGUUAUCUCAGUUCUUUGUUUCCUUCAUUACUCAAAUCCCUUAUCUAGAUUUGUAAUUUUAUUUAUUUGUUUAUUUCCUUUUUGUAUGUGUGUCUGUUUCUCAUACUGGAAAGAAUGAGGGAAGAGACUGUCUGGAUAUUGAUAAGCUUCAACAUUGCAUUUCCAGCCCUGAGCACAAUAGUUGGCAUGUAUUAGAUGCACAACAAAUACCUUUUGAAAGAAUGAAUGAACACAUCUCCUAAUUUUUCUGUUGGGAGUUCAUUUUUUAUUGAUUUGUAAAAGCUCUUUAUAUAAUAAAACCUCUCAUCAUUUGUUUAUUUUAUAUGCUGCAGACAUUUUGCCCCUUCUUAUAUAUGUACCAAUUUAAUUAAUGAUGUUUUGAUAUACAGAAAUACCACAUUUUUCAUUUAGAUAAAUCUGUCUUUCAUGAUUUCUACUUUUGGUGAUAUGUUUAAAAGAGUCUUCUGCAUUUCAAAGCUACAUAAAUAUUUGUUUCCUCUUCUAAUUUUUUUAGAUUUAAAUCCUUACUCAAAAUGGGAUUUAUUUUUGAUAAUAGAUGUGAUUAAGGCUCUAAGUAUUUAUAUAGUCAUUGCAUCAUCAUUUAUUGAAAACUCCCUCUGCCACUGUUUUGAAAAUUCCACAUUUAUCAAAUAUUAAAUUCUUACAUAUAAUAUUUUGGAGUGGUUUCUGGGUUUAUUGUUUGUCCUUUGGUAUCCUCCUCUAUUUUUGAAUUAUGCCGUUUUAAUUAGCAUCAUUUUAUAAUUUGCUUUAUUAUGUGAUUAACUUUUUAAUGGGGUAAGCAUUACUCUUCUUUUUAAAAAUAUUUGUUGCUCUAUUUGUGCAUUUAUUCUUCCAGAUAAACUUUUGUUAUAGUUUGGUCAAGUUCCAAAAUAAAUUCUAUUGUCAUUGUGUUUAAAAUUGCUUUAACAUUAUAGAUUGAUUGGGGAGCAAUUGCCAUCUUUGUCAUACUAAUUUUCCCAUUCAGGAACUUGUCAUACGUCAAGGUUAUUGAAGGCUUCCUAUAUAUUCCUCAGUAAUUUUGUAGGUCCUGCAUGUUUCUUGUUAAUUAUAUUAUUAGGUAUUUCAUAUCUUUGUUGUUCAUUUUAUCAUGUUUUAUAACUGGUUUGCUCCUUGUGGGACCAAGCUAUUGAUUUUUGUGUUUGGUAAUUUUUCUCAAUUCUUUGAUUAAUCCUAGUUGAUUCUCUUCUAAGUAGACAAUCAUUUGAAGUGUAAUUAAUGAUAAUUUUCUCUCUUCCUUUACAAUAUUUAUGCCUCAUAUAUUGAAUAAAUGAUGGUAUUAAUUUUGCUCUUAUUUUUGACUUUUUUAGGAAUUCCAUUACUAUUUCACCAACUUUUAAUGUUAGUUCUUGGACUGAAACAGAGGUCUUUAUCAGGUUAAGGAGUGGUUUCCUGGUUCGAGUAUCCUAAGUGUUUUAUUGGAAAUUAUUGAAUUAUAUUAAAUACAUUCUGGGCAACUAGAGAUGAUCAUUUGGUUUUACUCCCUUUACCUGUUAUUACAAUAAAUUAUAUUAAUAGA